AUGACGGGCACGACUGCUGAUUCCCUUUUCAAGGGGAGUACGGCGAGGAAUACUAGGGGCCUGUUAAGAAUCACAAUUUUGUGUUUAGUUGCAGCCGCCGCCAUCGCUAGUCGUCUGUUCUCAGUUAUUCGUUUCGAGAGUAUCAUCCACGAAUUCGACCCGUGGUUUAACUUCCGAGCAACAAAAUACCUUGUCACACAUGGAUUUUACGAUUUCUGGGAUUGGUUUGAUGAUCGAACAUGGCACCCGCUUGGUCGAGUUACGGGAGGAACUCUGUAUCCAGGUCUUAUGGUGACCAGCGGUGCCAUAUACCAUGCACUUCGAGCACUGACGAUUCCGGUUGAUAUCCGAAAUAUUUGUGUGUUGCUUGCGCCGGGCUUCUCUGGAUUAACAGCGUUCGCGACAUACCUUUUCACGAACGAGAUGUCCACAUCUCCUUCGGCUGGCCUUCUCGCCGCUAUUUUCAUGGGAAUUGCGCCGGGUUAUAUUUCACGAUCAGUUGCUGGCAGCUACGAUAACGAGGCGAUUGCUAUUUUCCUUCUGGUGUUCACUUUCUUCCUCUGGAUUAAGGCUCUCAAGAAUGGCUCGGCUUUCUGGGGCGCUCUCUGCGCCUUGUCCUAUGGCUACAUGGUUUCUGCUUGGGGUGGAUAUGUCUUCAUUACCAAUUUAAUCCCUCUGCACGUUUUUGUGUUGAUUUUGAUGGGACGCUUCGGCCCGAGAUUAUACGUCAGUUACUGCACGUGGUAUGCUCUUGGGACGUUGGCAAGCAUGCAGAUUCCUUUCGUUGGUUUCUUACCAAUUCGCAGUAGCGAACAUAUGUCUGCUCUGGGCAUUUUCGGACUUCUCCAACUAGUCGGCGCUGUCGAAUUCGUUCGUUCGGCUGUUCCAAGCAAGCAGUUCAAGAGUUUGGCCAUUGGAUUUGGGCUUACUGUUUUCGCCAUUGCUUUCGCUGGGCUUGUUCUACUCACCGUAACUGGUGUGAUCGCUCCCUGGACUGGUCGAUUCUACUCUCUAUGGGAUACCGGAUACGCCAAGAUUCAUAUUCCUAUCAUCGCCUCAGUGUCGGAACAUCAGCCAACAGCCUGGCCGGCAUUUUUCUUUGAUCUCAACCUCCUCAUCUGGCUUUUCCCAGCCGGAGUCUACCUCUGCUUCCUCAAGCUGAAUGACGAGCAAGUCUUUGUUGUCGUCUAUGCUAUCCUUGCCAGUUACUUCUCUGGUGUCAUGGUCCGAUUGAUGCUUACUCUCACUCCUAUUGUUUGUGUUGCUGCAGCAUUGGCAGCAUCACAAAUCUUGGACACAUACCUUACCAUUAAGUCUCCCGAAGAACCUGGAAAUAUUGCUCCUACCGACGCAUCUAGCAGCAAAAAGGCUACUAAACAAGAGGUCAAACAAGAGGGCAUACGCGCUAUGCGCGAACCUUUUGUUGGUAUCUACACCCAUUUCUCCAAAUACUCUGUGGUUGGCGCCUUGUCUGUGUACCUCUUAGUCUUUGUCCUUCACUGCACCUGGGUCACUUCUAAUGCUUAUUCAUCCCCCUCUGUUGUUUUGGCAAGCAGAAUGCCAGAUGGAAGUCAGCACAUCAUUGAUGAUUACAGAGAGGCAUAUCAAUGGCUGCGCCAGAACACCCCAGAAGAUGCCAAAAUCAUGUCUUGGUGGGAUUACGGUUACCAAAUUGGCGGCAUGGCUGAUAGACCAACACUCGUCGAUAACAACACAUGGAACAAUACCCACAUUGCCACCGUUGGAAAGGCUAUGAGCUCUAAGGAAGAGGUCAGCUAUCCAAUCAUGCGUCAACAUGAGGUGGACUAUGUCCUCGUUGUCUUCGGUGGUCUCCUUGGUUAUUCUGGAGAUGAUAUCAACAAGUUUCUGUGGAUGGUCCGAAUUGCUGAGGGCAUUUGGCCUGACGAGGUGAAGGAGCGCAACUUCUUCACCGAUAGGGGAGAGUACAGAGUGGAUGAUGGAGCCACUCAAACUAUGAAGGACAGCUUGAUGUACAAGAUGUCAUACUAUAACUACAACUCGCUUUUCCCCCCUGGACAGGCUCAGGAUAGAGUACGUGGUGUUAGAAUGCCAGAAGUUGGACCUGUCCUCAACACAGUAGAGGAGGCUUUCACGAGUGAGAACUGGAUUAUCCGAAUCUACAAGGUCAAGGACCUUGAUAACGUCGGCAGAGACCACGCAUCGGCAGCGUCAUUUGAAAGAGGAAACAAGAAGAAGAAGACAACAAAGAGGAGAGGCCCAAAAGUUUUAAGGACUGAAUAA